AUGACCGUCGGAGGUCGGGUUCCGUGGCUACCGCUGGUGGCCCUCUGCUGGGCUCUGGCGUCGAGGGGCGCCAGCGGUUCGGCUUGCGCUCCGUGCAAGCCGGACCUCUGCGCGUUCGUGCAAUGUGCCGUGCCGGAACUGACCGCCCGAGACGAGUGCGGCUGCUGCGAGCGUUGCCUCGGCGCGGAGGGGGAACGCUGUGGCGGGACGCGGGGCGCUCGUUGUGGCCCGGGGUUGGUGUGCGUGAGCCAACGCCAGGCAGAAGCGCCCGAACCCGACGUCGAAGAGGGAACCGGGCAUUGCGUCUGCAAGGAGGACGGCGCCGUCUGCGGUUCCGACGGCCGGUCCUACAGUAGCGUGUGCGCUCUGCACCUGCACAGCUGGCGCGCGCUCCUCGACGGCCGCGAGCGCGUCCGGAAGGCCCACGACGGCGAGUGCAAACUUGCUCCUGCUAUAAUUGUGCCACCGAAAAGGAUUCACAAUGUAACUGGAGCCCAGGUCUAUCUAUCCUGUGAGGUGAAAGCAGUUCCAACACCAAUCAUCGCUUGGAAGAAAGUCACUGAGUCCCCAAAGGGAGUUAGACUCUUAGAAGAAUUGCCUGGAGACAGAGUUAACAUGGCUGUUCAGGUUCGAGGUGGCCCUUCUAAGCAUGAGAGCACGGGUUGGGUUUUGAUUAAUCCACUGACAAAAGAAGACGAGGGUGUUUACCAGUGUCAUGCCACAAAUAUGGUGGGAGAAACACAGGCAGAGGGGACUAUUAAAGUCCUACACCAAAGUAAAAAUAAGAAGGAUCACUUCCCAGCAUCAGAAGAUGUGAAGUAGCAAGGAGACAUCCUCCAGUGGGAUCAGAAUUGAACACAAUCUAGACACCAAUGGAUUAGUGAUUGCUUUCUUACUUUCUGAAGACUAGAAGACACUGUCUCAAUCUUUCCUUGAGUAAUGGUGAUAUUUGUACCCCCUUUUUAGUGUUUGAUGAAUAUUGAACAUAUAGUUAGUAUGGAACAAAGACAUAAUAAAGCAUGUUUUUU